AUGACAAUUCUCAUACGUGAGUAUAUUUAUUUUCAGGUGCAUGCAUCAUCUGUUCUUAAUUUGCUGCAGUCCGACAUAAAAGCUGCCUUAAAAUCUGCAUUUGGCACUUUGGAUGGUCCAUUGUCUGUCACUGAUUGGUGCAAAGGUCGUAGUCAAUCUGGUGAUGCUGAUGGAUUUUCUGCUGAAUCAACUGCAAGUGUAAGCGAAUGUAGAGAUUCUGCGAGUACUGUAACUCUUUCUGUUGGAGAGCCAAUGAGCCCAUCUCAGUCCUCUGCUGGUGGAUCGUCUAGCCUUAAAGACGGAACUAGAAUGGAUGAGACAAGCGAAAGGAGAUCAAACCAGGAAAACUGUAUAUCAGAGUCAGAACAACAACUGGGCUCGCGACUCAGGCCUUCAUUAUUUGUACUUCCAUUUCCUGCUAUACUUGUGGGGUAUCAGGACGAUUGGCUCAAGACGUCAGCGGGCGCUCUACAACUGUGGGAAAAGGCUCCUUUUGAACCCUACGCUAUGCAGAAACAUAUGACUUACUAUGUGGUAUGCCCAGACAUUGAUCCAUUAACUGCUGCUGCUUCUGAUUUUUUCCAACAACUUGGAACUGUUUACGAGACUUGCAAAUUGGGAACCCAUUUGCCUCAAAGUGUGGGAAAACAAAUGGAGAUGGACUCUGGUAAAUGGUCAUCUUCUGGUUUUGUUCUGCUUGAUGGCCCUCAAUCCAUGAAGAUAGAAAGCAAUAGUGCAUCUUUGGUGGGAUCAAUCAGUGAUUAUUUUCUAUCUCUGUCCAAUGGUUGGGAUUUGACAAGCUUUCUGAAGUCUCUUUCAAAGGUUCUUAAAGCUUUAAAACUUGGUUCAUGCUUGACCACAAACCCAAAAGAAGGAAUUAGUGGUCCUUGUACGGUAAUCUAUGUGGUGUGCCCUUUCCCUGAGCCUAUGGCAGUUCUACAGACUGUUGUUGAAUCAUCUAUUGCUGUUGGAUCUGUCAUUCUUUCGUCAGAUAAAGAAAGGAGAUCUACAAUGCAUUAUCAAGUUGGGAAGGCAUUAAGCUGCUCGACAGCUGUGGAUGAAGCAUAUGUAUCAAAUGUUCUAACACUUUCAGGGUUCAGUAUACCUAAAUUGGUGUUGCAGAUUGUUACGGUUGAUACCAUUUUCAGGGUUACAACUCCAGCUCUUAGUGAACUUGUCAUACUUAAGGAGAUUGCUUUCACCAUUUACAAUAAAGCUCGAAGAAUUUCACGAGGAUCCUAUAGUGAUGUGGUUCCAUCAUCGUCCCUAUCUAAUAGAUCUUCUUCAGUCAUGAUGCAAAUGUCUUCUCCAAUUCCAGGGAUGUGGAAGGAUUGUGUUGCUUCUCGUAUUGGGGGACCUGCCCUUCCCAGAGAGGGUGACUAUGAUGCUAGCUUGAGGGCUGGUGCUUGGGAUAAUUCUUGGCAAAUGUCAAGGACUGGAGGACUAGGACACAACCCAAAUCUUCUUCCAGAUGAAAUUCGUUUCAUGUUUGAACCCCUUUUUAUUCUUGCGGAACCUGGUUCCCUAGAGCGUGGAGUUUCACCUCCUGUUUUUGGGAAUCUAGCAUCUGAAUCUUCAAAGCUGUUGUUGGAUGAUGGUACUAGUGGCAGCUUUAUGCAGAGUUCAAUUACAUCAGGAAGUGUAGAUAGUGGAACAAGCUUUCAUUUUGAGGGAUCGGAGUCGGAUGGUUUUGGAUCUGGCCACCAAAAGACACUUGCAAGCCUACAUUGUUGCUAUGGUUGGACUGAAGAUUGGCGUUGGCUAGUAUGCAUUUGGACAGAUUCGCGGGGAGAAUUGCUGGACAGCUCUGUAUUCCCUUUCGGUGGUAUUAGUAGUAGGCAAGAUACGAAGGGUCUCCAAUCACUUUUUGUCCAAAUUCUGCAACAAGGGUGUCAGGUUCUUCAGGCUUGUUCUCCUGAUACUGGCAUUGCCAAGCCUAGAGAUUUUGUGAUCACACGCAUUGGAUGCUUCUUUGAGCUUGAGUGUCAGGAAUGGCAGAAAGCUCUCUAUUCUAUUGGGGGUUCUGAGGUGAAAAAGUGGCCUCUGCAGCUACGAAGAGCUGUGCCCGAUGGGAUGCCUGCUAGCAACAGUGGAACUUCAUUGCAGCAACAAGAGAUGAGUUUAGUACAAGAGAGAACCCUACCUUCUUCACCUGGUCAUUUGUACAGUCCUCACUCAAAGGCUUCUGCUUUCAUGAAAGGUGGUUUGGGACAAGCCUCUGGUAGAAAACAGAUAAUGGGUGGUCAGACUAUGGUGGACACCUCUAGGGGUUUACUUCAAUGGGUGCAAAGCAUCACUUUCAUCUCCGUUUCAGUUGAUCAUUCUUUACACCUAGUUUGUCAUGCAGAUUCAACAUCUCCUGGUACCUACUUUUCUUGUUUUACUUUCUCAUUCCUCAUCCAUUCUCCCAUCAAAUUCAUUCCAUGUCCUGGUUUAGGGUUACAACACACUGCAUUUUUGUUUAACUAA